AUGGUGGAUGGUUUUUAAAUUUAAGAUAUUUUAGUUUGUCCACUGAAGAAUUCCCGAUUUCCGCUUUAAGGUUUUGCAACAACAGUUCUAGCAAAUUUCUUUAAAGUCAUAAUACUUGUGCAGUUAUAAUAACUCAUAAUAUUACAUUACAAUUCUAUACAUCUAUGAAAAAGGUGCUUAACAUGAUUAAAUAGGUUAAUAACACAGUUACACAUACAAUUUAUAUUUAAACAUCGUAUUACGUAAACGGGAAUUUUUCGUAAUCAAAAUAAUUUUAAUAAUUUUACCUAUUCUUAACAAUAAUAAUAUUUGAAAGCAAAAUGGUUCAAAAUACCGAAAUUGUAGAUGUCAGUAAUAACACUGUGACGUUGGACAAUUUGUCCGACUACAUGGUCAUUGGCUGGGAUAUAGAUACGACUGGACGCCGUUUACUGGACGAAAUAUGUCAUAUUGCUGGUCACACACCAAAUUCGCAGUUUAAUCAAUAUAUAAUGCCACAUAAUGACAUUGAUCAAGUAGCCAGAAGACGCCAUCUUUUGUGCACUAUAACAAUGGGACGUUUCCGUGCAUUAAAAGAUAUAAAAAAUAAUAAAACAUUAAAAUCAAAAAGUGAAAUAUCUGCUUUAGCUGAAUUUAUAGAAUGGUUAGAACAAAUGUUGAAAGACAAUGGUAAAAAAAUGGCCAUUUUAGUGUGUCAUGAAGUUAGCAAAUUCAACACUUGUCUUCUAAUUAAGUCUCUUCUUGCCUAUAAUUUGUUAGAUAAAUUCUCUGAAGUAGUCAAAGGAUUUGCUAACUGCCAUUCAUUUGCUCAAACUCAUUGUCAAGAUACUAUGGUUAUGUUUUCAUUAAGAGUUCUAUCAAAGGUGCUCUUAGAUAAAGAUCAUAUUGAUACUUCCAAGGCAACUGAUCGUGCUAAAUUAGCUUAUGAUAUUGUCCAACAUUUGUGUGUAACUUUGGAAAGUGGUAAUGAUGAUGGUAAAGAAGUGGUAACUGGAAGUGAAGUUUCUGAAGAAACCAAGGCCAAGGCAUUAUCUACAUUCCUUACAAGUAUAGAUAACGAAGUACAGACAUUGCAUAGCACUCAAGAGUUAUUGGCAAGACAAAAGUCACUAAAUACAGUUUACCAUAAGUCUUUGUCAUAUCAAACAUCAACAUUAGAUCGCAAGAAAGCUAUUAGUUAUCGUAAUUCAAUCGCCAAAGCUAACAUUGAUUAUAUAACACUCCAAUCUUUAUGGACAGAAAAUAAGGAAAAUAAAGACGGUUUUAAAGACGCUGUUAAAGACAAAUUGCCUGAACUAUCUGAUGAAGAAAAAGAAGACAUUGUUAGUACUGUAAUCAUGCAUUUUGAAAAUCCUGAACCGGUUUCUCCACCUCCUAAAGGAGGCCGAAAGUAUGGUGGCAGAUUUAGGAGACGUAGCAGCAGUUACAAGGACAAUAGAAAGAGCAUAUCUGAAAACGAUGCUGGCUCUCUUUCGCCAAAUUCAACCGACCACGCCAAUGGUCACAACCUAGAAGUAGAAAAGCCCCAGAACGAAAUUAUCAAAAGUCAAGAAAAUGGUGAGAACAACUGAUUAAAAACCAAAGUUUGAUUACCAUUUUAAGUAUUAAGUAUUAAGUAUUAUUAAAAAAAAAAAAUUAAAAAAAAAAACGUUAAGUUUUUUUGUUGUUCUUCAUAGACUACUUAUAAGUUUUAUUAUAAUAAUUUUAAAAUCUCUAAAAAAAAAAUUGACUGUAUGAAACAAAAACAAAGUGUUGACCACUUUUCGCGUUCAUUUAACUAUUUUCCUUAUGGAUGAUAAUAUAUUAUAAUUUUAUUUUAAAAAAAUCAAGUCGAUUUUAAUAUUUAUUUUUCUUCAUGUUCUAUUUCUAUUUUAAUUUGUAAGAACGCGAAUAAGUUAAGGUCUUUAUAACAUAUGUAAUAAUUUUUACAAGAUAAAACUAUAUAUCUAUAAAACAAUAAACAAAGAAUAUAACAACAAAAGUUAUUUAAUUUAAUUUAUUGCUAUUAUUAUUUAUUAUAAUUAUCUAAACUUUAUGAUUUUUUAAAUUACUGUUUCUCUUAAUUUACAUUUUGUAUGUUCCAUACUUGUAAGAUUGGAAACAGCAACAUCCUAUGCGGGCUUGGCAUUCUCAUUUAAAAGUUAACAUAAUGGUAUUUAUUCAUUGAAUGUAUAAUUUGUUUUUAAUUUGGUUAUUAACAUUUAUAAUAUAAUAUAAUUCUCAGCUCUAAUUAAAAUAUUAUAUUAAUGGAAAAUGAAGACUCAUUUAUGAGCUGUAAGAUAUAGGUGUUUGUACCAUUUUACUAGAUAAUGGAUGUUGUCAAUCUAAGAGCAUACAUUUAAAAUAAUAAAAUACGUCAACAUCA